ACACUACGCGUGCGCAUUGGCUGAAACUCUAUUUUCACUUUUAUCGACUGAAGCAGGCAACAAAAAUGAGUGACAGAGCAGUACAAGAAAACUUGAUGGAAGAUGGAAAGAAUAAGACAAAGUUAUUUUGUGAAAGAUGCAGUUCUAUUGUUUUGUUACCUGAGAAAGCUGUUUACUCUGAAAUCGAGUUUUUCUUGCCUCAUAUGAAGAAGAAGACAGAUGGAACUUCCGAGACAGGCGAGACAUUGAAGAAAUACUGGAAAGUCAAUGAUAUGUUUGAGUUUGAAAAUGUGGGUUUUACAAACACAGUUGAAACAAUCAAAUAUCUAAUCUGUGCAGACUGUGAAAUUGGACCAAUUGGAUGGCAUGAUGUUAAUGACAAAAAGGCAUUUUACGUUGCUCUAGAAAGAGUGAAGCAUUCAGAAUGAGCAAUCCAGGCAUAUAGCCAUACCACAAGGGACCAAAUCCUAAACAUAAUCUGUUAUCAGAAGAAAUGUUCUUUUCCGUACAUUUCGCAUUGUUGUAAUGUACAUCUGUUUUACUGUUAGGUCCUUUAUCACAGACGUUAUAUGACUUGCAAAGUUUAUGAAACAAGCACCUGUGUCUUUUAUUAUUAUAUCCUCAUUUUGAAGAUGUAUACAAAAAUAUAUUGACUGUAUUGAUUAGCAGUAAAAACAAACACAUAUGUUUCCUUUUAUAAACAACUGUGUAUUGAUCAUAAAUAAGUUAGUUUAAAUAAAAUUAUAUUACAUGUAUUGAAAUAUGACAACAUUGUUAAUCACAGUCGAAAUCUCUAUCACAGUUCAGUAGUUAUUGCACUACGGUAAGUGUCUUGUAUAUAUGCAGUAAAAUACAAAACAUAAUAAAUGAAUAAAUUAAAAAAAAAUUGGCCAGUUUUUUAGUAACAAUUGAUGACAAUAAAUGAUGCAAAACAAAAACAAAUCUAUAGCAUUCUCAACCAAUUUCACAAAAAUAAAUAAUAAAUCUAAACAUAUAUUUCCAACUUUAAGGGAAUUCAGUUUAUUUCUUGCGUUAAAUGAUCACGGACAAAAGUCUCUAUUCAUGGAUGCUGAAAGAUUGUCAUGAGAUCAUGAAUCGGCUGCCUUUUUUGGGGGUAUUUUUCUCGGAUCAGAUCUUUGUUUAAUCAUCAUCUUUUGGAAUCUCGGGUAACACUGCAUCUUUAGGUUUAUCCAUAUCUAUUCUCACUCCUGAAAUUGAAAUAAAAAUGGCCGUCAUUUAUAUCUAUUCUUUCUCCUAAAAUUUAAAUAAAAUGGCCGUCAUUUAUAUGGAACAUCAGAUGAAUUUGGUAAAAGAAACGAAUAGUAUGAAGAAUAAUUAUGCAUUACCUAAGUAGGAGGGGAACCUGGGAGUUCCUGAGUUAGUAUAUUCCUGGAAUUUGUAUGUGAUGAUGGAGCCGAUCUUUGGUGGACGGUUAUGAUCCUUGUCUGUCAAUCUGUAAAUAGGUUAAUUUGAAUUAGGAUUUAUACAUAAUUGUUACCUGCUAUUUUUUUCUAUAUAUAUCAAACUGAAUACAGCUAAAGACUGGUUAAAGUCUGAUAAAACCUACCCAGAUCCAACUGAGAAUAAUUUGCCGUUUGCCAUUUUACAUCUAAGAGCCCCCACUUUGCCAUGGAAACGGCCUUUGCCGGGUUCGUAGCCUAUGACAACAGCCUGAAAAAUAUCAAUUUUCAAGAUUGAUUAUCAGUUAUAUCUUGUGCUUAUCUUUGAUAUCAGUUAACCAUCAAUAUUGACAGAUCUAUAUGAUAUUUAAAAUGUACUAAUAGUUACCUCUGCAUCAUAAAAGGUUUUGAUUUUGAGCAAUGUGUUGGAUCGCCUUCUUUCAUAUUGAGAGCCGGGCUGUCGAAUCAUAAGCCCUUCCCCACCAAGGGCAAUGAUUCUCUUCAAUUCAUCAUCAAUGUGUUUUUUUCCUGUGCACUUUUCUUGUUUGCACAUUAUGGCAUAGUCAGGACUGUAAAUAUACAAGUUUACUCUGAAAAUGUGUACGUAGCUGAUUGUACAUGUAGCAGGUGGGUAAGUUUUUGGGUGAUUCAGAUAACGUUAGUAGCUCUCCAUUGUUUGAGGUAUAAUUCACUUACUUUACUUCAUCAAAGUAGUCUUUGAUGGCUUUCAUUCUCUUUUCAAAUGACUCCUUUUGUAAGUUAGGGGCAUCAAAUACAUGGUACUUGAUUUUCUUCCACUGAUCACAUUCAGGUGUUUUCACAAUGCUAACUGUGCUCUGAAACUUCUUUCUUCCUCCAAACAGUUCUCCGUCUAAAUGCAUGUCUGUGGGUAAGUCUUUUGUGAACCACUUCGGAGCAUAAAAAGGAUUACCAAGCCGGGAGUAGAAACACCUGAAAACAUAAUUUUUCACCAUAUUUAAUUGGCAUUAAGUUGUAGUUUUAUUUUGGUUUAUAUAUACACACCCUAAUGAGGCAGUUUUUAGUGAUUUUAAAUGGCUUACCAAAUUAUUAUACUUACUUUCCAUUCCAAAAUGCUCUUACUCCAUCUAAUUUUUCACUGACCCACCAGUUUGUAGGGUCAUCUUUUCUGUAACAAUUAUAAAAGUAUUUAAUUAAAGCUUGUUACUAUGAUAAUCUGUAUGCAUUUUAUGAUGAAAAUAUAAAAGUUAGAAGGUUUCACAAAAAUUAGAAAAACCAUAAUGAUUCAUGUUUAUAUACUGUAAAUUGAGUCCAGUUUUUAUAUAAAAGUAUAACACAUUUACUGUGAAUUGUGAGGUUUUAUGUCCAGUUUCAAUAUAAAAGUAUUAACAUAUUUAUUCACUUACUUUUCAUUAUAUUUGUUGGCCAGUAAGAGGCUUAUGUUGAUGUGUGAGAAAUAUUUAGAGGGCUCUGGUCUCGAUUUUUUGUCAGCUGUCAAUUUUCCCACUCUGUUUUUUUCAAAGUCAUCACCUAAAUAUUCUCGGAGGUGUUUGCAUGUUCUUUUGUUCGGUGCAUUUUUCUGUACCUUCCAUCCAAUGCAUCUAAAAUAAUAAAGAGAUCAAUCAAUUUAAAAUUCAUUCUUGCUGGACAUUUACUAAUUAAAAUAUACUUUGUAGUCUUUUAUUUUUGUUUGUUUGUAGCAUAUAAAAUAUACAUCAGAGAUGUUAAGUGUGUUCAUUUAAUGUUACCAAAUAUUGUAACUAGGAUUGAUUUCAUUGCACUUUAUUUUUUGCUAUUUUCCCGAUGCAGGCCAUUCAUGUAUUUUCAUUAAAAAUUGAAACUGCAGUGAAUAUUAUCUUGCAAUAUACAUGUAUACAAUGUAUGAAUAUCAUACAUUUUAUGACAGAUUUAAACAAAAAACAACAAGGUGCAAAUUGUACAUGUAAGUUGUAUUCAGAUGAGCCUAUUUAGAUUGGUGAUGUGUAUGUCUAAAAAUAAAUGUUCAAAAUGUUCUA